AUUCAAAAUGGCCACCAGCCAUGCUUGAGAAGUUGUCAAUACCGUGGAUAUUCUCACGAUGAUUUGAUGUGAUUUCAUGUCUCUAUGGGUCGAGUUGUCUUGGUUUUAUUUAUUGCUGUAGCUUGCUGUUCGGCGGAUGACUCGUCCGUGUACGACUUGAGUUCGUCCUCGUCCUCUUCUGACGGUUGUACAGAUGACAUCCGAGAUGAUCUUCCCUGUGAGUACAAAAUGAAAGGCAGAGUUGUAGACCGACUAGUACAUGGUGAGACAAUUCAGAUAGAUGAGUGUUCAGCCUGCACCUGUGGAAAUUCCACACUGAGUUGUAAGCGUAAGACCUGUCCAGAACUACACUGCAGUCCAAGUCAGAGAAUGAAAAUUAAAUGGGAAUGCUGCGAGACGUGCCCCGAAACAUUUGUAGAUGUCGUCCGAAACGAUCUUCCCUGUAAACACAACGGCUACAUUUUGCUUCAUAAUGAGUAUAGGAAGCCGAAUGAAUGUUCAUCCUGCGCCUGUGACAAUGCUACUUUUUAUUGUCAGUACUCAAGUCAGCCAACCUGCGGCAAAAGCAAGAAAAUCAAAGGUCAAGGCUGCGAGAUAUGUGACUUCGCACCAACGCCAGUCAAUGAAGACGUCGAAGGAAAGAAAGAAAUGAAACAGCGUCCUCUACCGACAGGAAAUGGCAAGACACUUGAACAAACUGGUAAAAUGAACAAACGAUUCGCAGCGUUGGUUUCAAUCAUAAAAACUCAGCGUUAAAGUUAACACAAGACAACCACAGUUUCUUGUAAGUAACUGCUUCAGAUGCUGAAUAUUCUGGCUGUGUAGACAAAAGACAAACCUCAGAGUAAUCCUUGUUUAGUGUGUUUUGCUUCUUGCAGCUCGACUUUAAUAUAGUAAACUUAAAUUCAAUUUAAUUGAUAACAUACAGUAAGGCGAGGGACCAUGACAACACCUUCAGGGUAAUAAUUGACCUUGAUCUGGGUCAAUAUCGGCCUUGAUCCGGGUCAGUAUUGACUUAGAUCGGGUCAGGAUCGACCUUGACCCUGGAAAGAUUUGACCUUGAUCCUGGUCAGAAAUUCCUAUGAUCUGGGUCAGGAUCGACCUUGAUCCGGGUCAGAAUUGACCUAUAUCCGGGUCAGGAUCCCAUUUGAUAUCAGUGUGACCACGAAUCUGUUUCUGCUGCGGUGUUUUG